UUUUAAUAAUGAAUGCAUUUGAACGUACAUUAGAGGAUAUGAAAUCAAUCAAAUUGUUAUGCAAAAAGCUAGGAGAUACAUAACAGGAUUAAUUAGACAGAAUGAUAAGAAUUUUCCAAUAAAUGCCUUAAAAGAUUUAUUUUAGUAAUUUUUAUUAAAAUUAAUUGUACAAAAAUACUAUGGGAGUAUUUUCUAAAAAGGAUUGGAAUGGUGAUUAUGUUUCAAUUAGUGUAGUAGAUUAGGAAUUUUAACUGGAUUGGCCUGAGUUGAUGAUUUAUAUGUAAAUAUUAAUAUUAUUGCAAAUAGGAGACCUUUUUUGAUGUUUUUUGUAAUUGACUUAUAGGAAGGGUUGAUUCCAAUAGAUGAAAUAAAUAAAUAAAAAAAAAAAGUCAAUGAUGAUAAGAUGAUAAGAUUUCUUUUAUUUAAUUGUGGAGUGAAUUCAUUUUAAAAUAUAGAAUAAGAACAAACAUUUAUUAUUAUUCCUCCUUUAAGUGAUGAUAAAAUGAUUUAUUAUUUAGAAGAUUAAUUACAAUUAUAUUUAUGUUAGAUAAUUGAAUAUUUUGCAUCAGAAAUAUUAAGAUUGAAGUAUGAUUAUUAAAUAAUUAAAGGAAUGAUCAAUCCUAAAUUGUUUUAUUUAAUAUGAAAGAAGAAAAGAUUAAUGAUUAAUCUAAACUUAAAAAGAGAAAAUAAGGUAGAUAAAUGAAAAUAAUGGGUGAUCUUGCAUUAAUGGUCAAUGACUCUUAAGAUGCUAUAGAAUAUUAUAAAUAAGCUUUAGAUAUUUUGAAUAAAAAUAAUGAUUAUUUAUGGUGUGGAAUAAUUUAAUAACAUUUAGCUUCAUCAAAAUCAGUUUCUGAAGAAAUUGAAGAACAUUUUAGAGAAUCUUUAACUUUCCUUAAAAAAACUAAAUUCAUAAAUUUAGAAAUUGAAUGCUUCUUCAAAUUGAUGUAGUAUAGAAAAGCUUCAAAUGAUAAAUUAGGACUAAAUAAAACAAUUGAUUUAUUUACUAAAACCUUUGAUCCUGAAUCUCCUAUUGAAAAAUGUAAAUUUUAUCUUUUUGUUUCUGAAUUAUACGGAUAAUUAUAAAUGAAAAGAAAAUAAGCAUAUUUUAUUCGUUUAGCUAGUUUUCAAUUAGCUACAAUCAAUAAAUCAAUGGCUUUGGAACUUACUAAACUAUCAAGUACAAUGUAUUGUCUUAAUUCCUAUUUUUCUGAUUAAUAGAGUAAUAUAUUUUGGGCAUCACUUUAACAUAACUUUGUUUAAGAGAUCUAACAUAAUUUUUAAGGAAUGUAUUAUAUUUAUAUAUUAUUAGACCUUAUUUCUAACAUAAUACUUAGAUACAGAGAAUGUAAAUGUUUAAAGCUGAUUUUACAUAAUAACAAUUAUAAACUAUGCUUGGAAUUCUGUAGUAAGAAUCUGUUAAACAUGAAUUAAAAUAAACUUAUUUGUUAAUGAUUCCUAAAAUUGAAAGACUUGAAAUCUUACCUUUAAAAGAAAAAUAUAGUUUGAUCAAUAAAUAAACUAAAACAUAAACUGAAGAUUAAGAUAUUUUUAUUGUGAAUCCUUGGGCAAAUAAGGAAUCUAAAAAUGAUUUGAAAUAUCCUCUCAAUACUAUUAUUGAGUUAAUUUUAUAUAUUUCAAAUGAUUAUUCCUUUGAUUUUUAAUUAGAUAAAAUAGUGUUAUAAAUUGAGGGUAGUGAUUGUGUUACUUAUCCAAAAGGAAUUAAUUUACCAAGUAAUACUAAAAAUCAUCCUGUUAGUUUUACUAUAAGACCUAAGUCUGAAGGUUCAUUAAAAAUAGUUGGAAUUAAAAUUUAAUUUUUGAACUAUGAAUACUUUCAUCAAUUAAAUUAGUUUGGAUUUUCUGCUCUUUUAUCAUCAGAAAAUUAAUAAUAAGAAUUAUCUUAUUUUAAUUUACAUAAUAUUAAAAUAACAGAGGAUAUUCCUAAUGUUUAAGCUUAAAUUUAUAGAGAUUCAACAUUAAUUAAUGAAGUAGAAGCUGUUUAUUUUGAUCCUAGUGAAUUAUUUACUUAUUAGUUUAUUAUUAAAAAUAAAUCAGAAUAAUCAAUUUAAAAUUUAGCUUUUGAAAUUAUAGUAGAAUCUGAAGAUCCUCCAAUAUAUGAAUAUAAAUAAAUCAUUCAGAAUUUUAAUUUGGAUGGAUUUAGUUCUGUAAAUAUUUUACUUACUGAUUUUGAAUAUGACAAUUAAAAUAAUUAAGUACACAUUAAAAUACCUAAAAUUCCUCAUUAGACUCACCUGAUUAAAAAAAUAUCAUUGACUUUAUUCUUAUGGUAUAAUAAUGCGUUGUAUUAAAAAGAAAUAAAAUUAAAUCGGUUAAUCUCCAUAAGAUAAAGAACUAUUAUUUAACAAUGUCAUUUUGUUAGUAAAUAUAGAUGUAAUAAUGAGAAGAUUAAAGAAAUAUAUGAUUUAUAAGAUAGUUGUUUUUUAAGUAUUCAGAUUGCCAAAAAAGAUUUUUUAAUAAGUUUAGAAUUAUAAUCUCAGAUUUUAAUAGAUGGUUAAUUUAAUUAAAUAUUAAAUGAGGAUUGUGAUUAUUAUGCAUAAGCUUUAAAACUUAGAAAGUUACCAUUAAAUUAAUUAACAAAACCUGAUUUAAAAGUGAUAUGGAAGAAUUUAUUUAAUGGAACUAUUGGUAUUUUAAAUCCUUUUUAACAUCUCAGUUAAGAAGAUAUAAUAAAACAUUGUUGCAAUGAUUUGAUAGAAAUAGAAUGUAAGGAAUCUAAUAAAUUAAUUCAAUAUAAGUUAAUCUUACAUGAAAAAUUAACUUCCAGUCAAAAUGUAAGUGUUGCUAUCAGUCUUACUAAUGAAUAGGUGAAUUCUAAUUUGAGUUGUGGAAAAUCAAUGGUUUCAUCUAUUUAAAAUACGAACAAUCCCAUCAUAACAGAAGGUUAUACCGCAUUCAAUCUGGAUAUUGAAUAAAACAAAUAAACCACUAAAAGUGGAUAAUUAGGGUAUUAUGGUUAAUUAAAUUAAUCAUGUCUUAAGUUUAUUAUUAAUGAUUAUCAAAAUUAGAGACAGUAUAUUAAGAGAUGUGAAAUUAAAUGA